AUGCUGCUGAAUCUUGGCCUCGCAGCGGAUGCCGCAGCAGCUCAUUCAAACGAUCCCUCUAUCCAGCCAGAGUCUCCCCCAGCAUCAGCAUUGCCCUAUUCACCCUCGUUCACUUUCCCGGCACUACCAUUUCUGGACGCCCUCCGUAACCGCCCCAAGCAGCCUGGUCCUGCUGCGCUCGCCGGUUCGACCUCCACCGCGGCUAUGAGCCCUGUCAUGUCGACGCCGACGGAGGGCGAGUCUUCCACCGCUGCCCCCUCCGCCCCGUCCGCGCUCGCACGACCUCGGGCCCAUCGUUCCUCUACCUACAAGAAGUCAUCGCGGCCGAAAACCUCGUACCAGUUCGCCCACCCUGCUUCACAUGCCCGCCAUAAGCGGUUGCGGCUUCGGCCGAAGCUCUUACUGCAGGUGCAGCAAGUGUCGCAAACCUCCAGACCUCUACCUGUUAUAGAUGUCCUUCCUUCGACCAUGUAUCUGCCUCGGUUAGCUCGCAAGUUCCCAGCUCUGUUUCGACGAAGGAACGGCCUUUGUCCCUACGAUGUCAUCAUAGUCAUGAGUGAAUUAUAUGAGCGUACCAGAGCAAAUAUCCCUGAGAAGCACGCCAGCUCCGAGGACGACGACGAGGAUCAGCGCGAAGUUGUCGCUACCGUCUGUCAGAUGCUUCAAGAAGAUGCGCGCUUAAAGGGGAAGGCCGAGAUUUGUCUAAACUUUGGACCCAUAUGGGAGGCGACUCCACUGCCCAGUGGCUCGUACGAGUUUGUUGCCAACACGGAUGAUGGGAUUCGAGUCAUGCGAUGGGCAUUGCGAGGAGGGAAAAAUCGUCGAGGAACGCAAAGCCGUGAUGACACGAAGCGGUUUACAUUUAGCGUCAUUGACCCCAAUACCCGACGGCACCCAGUAAUCGCAUCCAUGACCAAAAACCAAUUGGAAGUGAAUGAUGAGUACUCUGCCGCGGCUGCACGAUCUACGACUGGUCCCACGACCCCAAGUUCCGGCAUGUCUGUUGUCAGCGACAUGUCUGAUACGGAAAUGCCCAUGGACACCAAUGACGUGACUGUCCUUGACGACGAGUUACGCACUUUGAUCAUCGUUACAGGGAUCUGGGUGGCUUUCCGGGAGGGUUGGUCGCACAAUUUUAACUACGGUGACCCUGUCUCGGCAGCUAAUGGCAAGGGCCUCGCAUCUCCAACAUCAUCGACAAAAUACAGCUCGCCCACCACAAGCAAAAUUGAAUACGAGGAUGCUCCUGAUCGCGAUGAACUCAGUCCAGUGAAGGAUUUCUCGAAUGGAAAGCGCUGCAUGUCGUUCUCUGGCGUGACUCGUGCCAAUUCGACGACACCCUCCGAGGGAGGCAAAGGAGUUGGCAGCUUGUCAAAACGGUCAAACUCAACAGGUGCCGCUUUUAUCGAACGAGCCAAGCGACGGAGCGCCUCGGCGGCUAGCAGUCGACUCAACCGCCACAGCAUGUUCACUGGCACUGGUGAGAAUGGCCGUGAUAUCGUGGUAUCCCGCCCUCCAUCUUUGCGACAGAAUUCCAUCGAGCCCGAGAUCUCCCCUCAACGUCCUGGCCGACUCGAAACCAGACCCAAAGUCAAUCCGGAUCGUGGCCCGGAGCUUACUUUCGACGGUGCAUCAGACGUGCCCUCCAAGGACUCGGAAGCUACGAAAACCAAACGAAAACACCGACUCAGCUCUCUCUUCACGAUCUUCCACCGAAAGCACUAA